AUGCUCCUGGAAGACUCUGAAUCUGAGAAUGAGUUGGAACUACUUUCUGCAAUUGUUCUGGCACGUAGAUAUUUCAAAAGAAAGGGAGGAUCUAGUUCACGUCGUGGUGGUUCUGUUCCAGGACGUAUGUUCAUCGAUCAUGAUUCUUUGCAAGGCCACCAAAGGCUUUUUUUGGAUUAUUUUGCUGAUUCACCAGUAUAUCCUCCAAAAAUAUUUCGCAGGAGGUUUCGGAUGCAUCGUCAUCUUUUUUGUCGUAUUUUGUCUAAGGUAGAAGAGUACGAUCCGUACUUUGUCCAAAGAAGAAAUUGUGCUGGAAUAAUCGGUUUGUCUUCCCUUCAAAAAGUGACUGCCGCAUUUAGGAUGCUCGCUUAUGGAGUACCAGCUGACUACGUUGAUGAGUAUGUGCGAAUUGGAGAAACCACUGCAAUAGAAUCUCUUCAAAGGUUUGUUAGUGCGGUGGUUAAUAUUUUUUCUAAUGAAUAUUUAAGGUCUCCAAACAGCAAUGACGUUGCUAGAUUGUUAGAAGUUGGCAAAACUCGUGGUUUUCCAGCUGAAGGGCGUGCUCCUCCAGCCAAUUACACAAUCAAUGGUCAUAACUACACAAUGGGAUACUAUCUUGGUGAUGGUAUAUAUCCACAGUGGUCAACUACUGUAAAGACAAUUUCAUGCCCACAAGGAAAAAAGGCAAAACUAUUUGCUGCAGCCCAAGAGUCAGCAAGAAAGGACGUGGAACGUGCGUUUGGAGUGCUUCAAACACGAUUCGCAAUCGUUCGUGGACCUGCACGGGGUUGGAGCCGUGAAACGCUCACUUACAUUAUGAAAGCGUGCAUAAUAAUGCAUAACAUGAUCGUUGAAGACGAACGAAAUACUGAAGAUGCUAGUGACAUUGAUUAUGAACAAAUCGAUGAAACUCCUUAUGUACAAAUUUCUCACGAGCAUACCCCUAGAUUUUUGGAGUUCAUUGAAAGGCAUGUGAACAUUAGAGAUCGUCAAACUCAUUCUCAACUACAAUCCGACCUUAUCGAGCACCUAUGA